AAUUGAAAAUCUUAAGAUUUUUACAACGCUUUCCCAUGCAAGAUCGUCCACCUCAAUUUCGUCUUUUAGUGCGAUUUCAAUUUUUCAAGUUAUAAAUGGCGGUUUUAGCUGAAACUUGACAAAAUUGCAGAGAAGAAACUGGACCUACCUCUGCUUCAUAUAUCUCCGGGGGAAGAGUUCACGGCAAUCAUUUAUUUACCAACAAAAAAUGCGUUCAACGAGGCACUCUGAUUCGCAGCCUCUCCUCUCCGACUCCCAACACCAAGAACCACCAUACGUUGUACUAUUGACCUACCAACCACCGCACACCCACCGUCUUCUGAGUAAAUCCUGCCGCCGCUGCCUAAUAUGCUUUGCCACUUUAUUGCCCUUCCUCGCCGCCGCCGCCUACCUCCUCUGGCCCUCCGAUCCCGACCUCUCAAUCGUUCGCCUCCGUCUUGAUCGCCUCCACUUUCAUACCCGCCCUAAAAUCUCCCUCGACAUCACCCUAGAUCUCACCAUCAAGGUAAGGAACAAAGACUUCUACUCCAUUGACUACGAUUCUUUACUUGUCGCCAUUGACUACAGAGGGAAGCGAUUGGGGUCUGUUAUGUCCGAUGGUGGUGACAUCAAGGCCCGUGGAACGUCGAAUAUCAACGCCACGCUCGUUCUCGACGGAGUUGAGAUAUUGAGCGACGUGAUUCCGUUGCUGGAGGACUUGGCAAAGGGUGCGAUCCCGUUCGAUAUGACUUCCCAGAUUAGUGGGAAAUUUGGAGUGUUCUUUUUCGACCUUCAUUUAAAGACUCAAAUAUCAUGCGAAGUCAUUGUAAAUACACGCAACCAAAAAAUUGCCCGACAAAGUUGCUACCCAGAGUUGUUAAUUCUCCCCAGUGCACUGCAUAAAAACCAUCAAUACUUUACUUCCCCUUUCCAACCCUACUCUUCCCUUCCCUUUCUCCAUCUCGGGUUGGUUGUGGCCAACGUAGUGUUGACACACAUGACUAGUAAAGUGACAUUCUUAUUUCCAAAGAGAGCUAGGAGUGUGCAUUUGUUACGGCAUCCUGAAGGAAAUGGAAAGACACCAUUUACAUGUCGUUAGAUUUUGGUAGGUGUCUGCCCUACGAUACAACAGCUCAUCAUGGUCCGAUGGUAACAUACUAUUAUAUAUCACGUGUAUAUUCUUUUGUUUUAGAGAAACAAAGUAGAUCGAUAGUUGUGAAAAAUAGUUGGUAUAUUGAUUCUGGUCCAGAGUCCUGUAUUGUUGCUGCACAUGAAACGUCGCUAUUUUGGUUGUGGGGGGAGAAUUGCAAUACAAAAUGCUACUUGCUGAUUUUUAUU